UUCGCUGUAACAAGUGUUUGUUUACGUUUGGCCUACUUCGGAUCGGUGAACUAUGUGCGUAUUUUCUUCAUCGUACGUGAAAGUGGUUUACUGUUUGGUUCUCAAUCUCAAAUUGUACUUUUAGUUAUUUUAUCAUGUAAAUGAAUCGAAAUACGUUUAAAUGGCUACAAGUCAUGCGGUUGUUGUUUGGGAAUGGGAGAAUAAGCGCGGUCGAUGGCGUCCUUACAAUCCAGAAGUUUCACAAUUACUCGAAAGAGCCCAGUUGAAAGGGUUAAAUAGAGUUCUACUCAGCGACGCUGAUCCCAACUUGAGCCAUUACUACGUCAACUUGAGAACUCUGGAACAGUAUACCGAAGAUAAUGAAACAUCAUUCAACGUUAGACGUUCGUACUUCUCACCCAAUUCUCCUGCAGGCAAAGGAGCCAAAUGGGAAUGGGCUGGAGACAGUGGCGAUUGGUACACGUACGAUAUGGAGGUACAAUGUUUCAUCGAAGGAGCUUGGGCCAAAGGCAAUCAAACCAUUGAUAUGAGUAAAACGUAUUUGAGCUUCCCUUAUAUUAUCAAUUUCUGUAAUCUGACUCAAGUUCGAAAUACAACCGGAUUUGUGCGUAAUAUCAGAAGAGUCCAGCAAGCACCUUAUCCUUUAGUUAAAAUACAACCAGAUGAAGUUAAUUUAAUAGCUGGUCGAUGGACCGAGAAUGGAAUGUUACCAGUAGCCGGUAGGACAUACGGAAACGAUACCAGUAAAAAGCCUCCAUCUGGUGGUAAAAAAUCCCAAAGUAAAAAGAAACAAUCGCACGAUGGCAAUCAUGGAAAUAUUGCCAGAACUAUAUUUCAUAUAUUUGGUCACAAGCAUACUUCUCAAAUGCCUCAGCCUCCGUCCUUCUCUCACGUCCAGUAUCCGGCUCAUGCGCCUCAGUCCUGCUCGCAAACCUUGAAGAAAAAGGAAGAACCUGCCCAUAAAAAUGUAAUACUGAUUAAAAAUUCCGUCCCUAAACGAAGCGACUCCAGCUCUAUUUUGGAUAGCGAAGUUGGGAGUACAAAAAGUGGAGGCAGGAGGCCUAGCGUCGAUACAGUUUCAACUUAUUUAAGCCAUGAAAGCGAAAUGAGAGCUAGUGCAUCACAUUCUGAUUUGCUGGAUUGCUCCGGUAGCAGCGAAGAAGUAUUCGUAAGCUCCAGCAAGAAACAGACCAUUAAAAAUGGACUAAUUGUUGGAAUCGACGCUAUCAGCGAACAAAUUUCAAAAUACGUCCGAGUAGUCGACAAUAUGAACGGUAUCGGCAACAAAUGUCCAGUUUGCCUAAGCGAAUGUGUUCCCGGAGGUAAAAACAGCGCUCGAAUGGUGGUAGCUUUAUCUCGUUGCAAUCACCAGCUGCAUUUAGACUGUUUAAACUCGAUGCUGAAAAGUCAACCGAAUGCCCACCAAUGGCUGUACAUUCAGUGUCCCAUCUGCAUGAUGAUUUAUGGAGAAAAACGAGGUAAUCAACCACCGGGCACGAUGGAUUGGGAAGUAAUCGAUAUCUCUUUGCCAGGAUUCCCGAACACUCGUUCAAUUCAAAUCACUUACCAAAUCGCUUCCGGGAUUCAGGGCAUGGAACACCCGAAUCCAGGCCGUCCAUAUUACGCCGUUGGGUUCCCCAGAGUAUGCUACCUGCCAGACACAAUGAAAGGCAGAAUGGUGCUAAGGCUUUUGAAAGUCGCCUUCAAACGUAAACUAAUAUUUACCAUUGGCCGAUCGGUUACAACCGGUCGGGAAGAUGUGGUCACCUGGAACGAUAUACAUCAUAAAAUUAAUCCGCGUGGCAGACCGGAUCCGGGAUUUUUAGACCGAUGUCUAGAAGAACUAUCGGCUCAUGGUGUUAAAGCCGAAGAAGAAUUAUAUCAAGAGAUUAAUUGAUAAACGACCAUGUCUUCAUGUAUUUAAUAAAGUAAUCACCUCACAAAGGUGAUACUUAUAUAUACGAUUCUCGUCUUUGAAUAAUACUCGUUAUUUUAUAAGCUACUGUACUACAAAUUUGAUUUAGAAGAAAACAAAUUAAUAUUGGGGCAAUAUUUUAUAUAUUAAGGUUUUAUCUAAGAAUACUCGAAAGCAAUAUUACCGUCUUUCAUACUUUUAUCUUGCCUGUUUUUUCUACUCGCACUCGUUUUUUUUUUUUUACAUUUUUCUUGCCAUAUGCACGAGUUCCAUUCUCAAAUUAUUCCUCUUAGGCGUAUGUUUCUUCCUUUUUUUUUGAUCUCCAAUUGGAAAACAAUGUUUCCUGUUUUAUCGUUGUUUUUGUUUUUAUCGUGUCCAUUUUUUUUUUUACGAUUAUAUUGAUACGAUUAACAUUCCAUCCGAUGAAAGUGUACGAUGGUUGUAAUGUUUGUGGUUCGCUGCAGCGAGUCGAGAAGAAAGUUAAUUUAUAAAAUUAAUUAUUUAUCGUGCCAAUAAACAUAUGUUUAUCUAACAUACUAAGUUAGCCCAUUUUUUUUUUCUAGUAAUUUAGAUCAUUUUUUUUUUCAUUCAUUUUUAGUAAUUAUGUGUAUAUAGUUACAUAACCUUGUGCCUUAACCUUUCUUUUUUAUUCUUUCUAAUUCGACUUCUUUCAUAUGUAUAUUUUUUAUCGUAAAAUUAUUUUACAUUAACGAGCUUUGUAUUUUUAUACCAGUUUUUUUUGCCUUCCUUAUUUUUUACAUGUUGCGAGUUAUAUAAUUUGUUAAUUUUGAAAAUUAAAUUUGUAUCUGUGUA